CGUUAAUUUACAUACCGACGGCCGGGCUAUAUAAGCUGGCUGUUGUUUCCAGCGGAGAACAUUUCUGAGAAUAUUCCCUUCGAGUUUACCAGCUAAAGCUCCUUCAUCAUGAGGCUGUAUCUGCCACUUUUUGCGGUGUGCCUCACUGCAGUAUUCGCUGCACCAAGUCUGGACCGUGAACUAGAUGGCCAUUGGGAGCACUGGAAGAAAUGGCACAGUAAAAAAUACCAAGAGAAUGAAGAAGGGUGGAGGAGAAUGAUUUGGGAGAAGAACUUGAAAAAGAUUGAGUUGCACAACAUCGAACACUCAAUAGGCACGCACACUUAUCGCCUGGGAAUGAACCACUUUGGAGACAUGACCCAUGAGGAGUUCAGGCAGGUCAUGAAUGGCUACAAGCACAAGGAGAGGAAAUUCAGGGGCUCUCUGUUCAUGGAGCCCAACUUCCUGGAGGCCCCAGCCCAGGUGGACUGGAGAGAGAAAGGAUACGUCACCCCUGUUAAAGAUCAGGGUCAAUGUGGUUCAUGCUGGGCCUUCAGCACCACUGGAGCCAUGGAGGGCCAGCAGUUCAGAAAGACUGGCAAAUUGGUGUCCCUCAGUGAGCAGAACCUAGUGGACUGUUCCCGUCCUGAAGGUAAUGAGGGCUGCAAUGGAGGGCUCAUGGACCAGGCCUUCCAGUACAUCAAGGACCAAGGUGGCCUGGACUCGGAGAACUCUUACCCUUACCUUGGAACCGACGACCAGCCCUGCCAGUAUGAUCCCAAGAAGAGCGUAGCUAAUGACACUGGCUUUGUGGACAUCCCAAGUGGAAAGGAGCAUGCUCUGAUGAAGGCUGUAGCUGCUGUCGGCCCAGUGUCUGUGGCCAUUGAUGCUGGGCAUGAGUCCUUCCAGUUCUACCAGUCAGGCAUCUACUACGAGAAGGACUGCAGUAGUGAGGAACUGGACCAUGGUGUUCUGGUGGUUGGUUACGGAUUCCAGGGUGAAAAUGUAGAUGGCAAGAAGUACUGGAUUGUCAAGAACAGCUGGAGUGAGAACUGGGGAGACCAAGGAUACAUCUACAUGGCCAAGGACAGACGCAACCACUGUGGCAUUGCUACCGCAGCUAGCUACCCGCUGGUAUAAUGGGAACAGAACUCUGUUACACAGAAGUGGUUUCAGAAGAGCCAUCAUUAUCUCCUCAGUAUACUUUUACAAGAAUCUCCCCUGCACUGUUGCUCAGUGGAGUGCACCAGCCAGUGCAGCGAUGAGCUUGUCAACUGGGAUAAAGGAAAUGUAUUACAGCUUGAAUAAGGCUGGGGCAUGAAUGAGUUGCCUACAUGAGUGUGCUGUAGGUUUUUAUGUGAUGAACACCGGUUUUAGGGAAUUAAUGCAAUUGUUAGAUGAUUUUACUUUCUUGCACCAUGUAAAUAUGUUCAUUUUGAAGAAUUGUUACUUACAAAAGUAACACUUUUUUCCUCGAUUUUAAUUAAACCUGUGGAAAUGAGACAUGAAA